AUUUUGUCAUUCCGCCGACAAAAAGGCCCCGGCUUCGUUCACUGAUCCAAGUAAGAAAGGAAAUUGCGCGAGAAAUUUAUUGAAUUUGAAAUUUUCGUUAAAGAAAACCAAAAUGAUAGCUUCUGGUUACCAGAUAAUGGUCAAGCAAAUUGCGAGCGAACGCCCAAUAUUGGAAGACUUGUCUCGUGUGUUUCCCAAAGGCGCUCCAAAGCCAGGUACCUUGACAGAAAUUUCUGGUGUGCCGGGAACUGGAAGAAGUGAAAUGCUGCUCCGUAUUAUUGCAAGGACAGUUUUGCCCCACGCAUAUGGUGGGAAGUCUAGCAAAGUAAUAUUAAUGGAUCUUAACCAUAAAGUUGACCAAGUUGAUGAAGUUCUAAGAGAUGUUGUGACAGCAAAUGGAACAUUUACUGUCCAAGAGGAUAUUACAGAUAUAGUAAAAAAUGGUUUGGGUUCCAUUAUCAAUGUAGCAUGUUACUCAUCGGAACAGUUUGAUUUGGCUUUAGACGAAUUAGAAGAUUUGCUAUGGGAUAAUGAAGAUGUUUCCCUUCUUGCCAUCGAUGGCUUGGAUGCAUUUUAUUGGGAAGAUUGUUAUCUGCGAUUGCAACGCAUGGCUACCCACUAUAAAAGGCUCUGUCAGCGCUUAAAGGCAAUCUGUCGGGAACACAAUAUUUGCUGCAUCUAUACACUUGAUGAUAAUUAUUUACAAAGCAAGUCUUCCAAGAAUAAAUUUCCUUCAAAGAAUGUAUUUCCAUGAAUGGUGGACAUAAAAAAUAAAAUGUUAGUAUCUUGGAAACCUCAUACGUACGACAUUAACUAUCGCGCAGUAGUCCCUGUGUGAUGCCAACAAUAGAAAAGAUUUUUUUCCUCAUAAGGGCCGCAUCUUCAUUCGUCUGCAUUUUGACCUCUUGUUUGGUGCGCAAUACGAUAUAAAAUAGAAAUUUCAAAAACA